CUCCAAGCUCAACAUCUCCGAGAGCUUUCUAUAAGAGACACUAUGGCGAGUGCAGAUGGAUUUCCUGCAAGUUUCUAUGGAGAACCAGGUGUGCUGGGUCUCCUGGCCAAUGGGAUCAGUGCAUUCCUUGUGCUUCUCCAGAACUUCAAUGGGGCGCACACUGGCAACUUAGCACACGGGGUGGAGAACAUUCUAGCAGGUGUACAUCUGAUCCUCAUAGGUGGGCUGUGUCAGCUCAUAGCAGGCCUGCUGUCUUUCCGCAAAUAUGACCAUCUGAGUGGGACCUCCUUCAUUGGCUACGCAGCUCUCUGGGGCAGCUAUGGUGCCACCAGGAUUUAUCUGGGUGCCAGUGAAGCUCCGAGCAACAUUACAACAGGGCAGCAUGAAUUAAACUCCACCCUAAGCCAAGAGUGGGACUUUCCUCUCAUUAGUACGUCAGCCAUUGCAGGACUCAUCCCAUACAUCUUCCUGUCGUUCAUCCUGGCCUUUUGCUCUGCCACUGUCAACUAUAUCAUGCCCUUUGUGUUUGGGGCCAUCACGGCCACGUUGAUUUUCGAGGCAGUGGGACUGGUGGGCAGCUGGGCCCUGGUGGUCUCAGGGGUCCUGGAACUCCUCAUACUCCUCUUUGCCGUCUAUGGGUCCACUGCAUUGCUCAUUAAGGGCAUUGCGCAGCGUUACGUCCUUAAAGGGUUUGGGAGUCCGCUCUUCAAUGUUCUCCUGCUAGGUACGGCCAAUGCCAACAGUUCCCAAAGCCUGGGUCAGGAGAAGAAAAAGAACACCAAGUAUGCUGAGCCCAUGGCUCUGGGCUACUUCUGUGACACCAUUUCACCGUUCAUUUUUGCCUUCUUCUGCUUCCGCUACCUUGGGUCCUUCGCUGUGGGAGUUGCCUGGGUGUCCAUCAUCUCAGCAGCACAGCUUCUCUCUAGCUACUAUGCUUUCCUCCGCCAUGACUGCUACCACAUCACCAAGUUUGGGCUGCACUGCACUUACUGGCUCGUAAAGGCAUGGGAGGAGUAUGUGCUGUCUGUGCAGAUGAACCGGAUGGUGACUACUGGCACCAGGGAAGCAAUGGUGGGUGACUGGUUCUUUGUGGCCAUAGCCAUUGCCCUUUGUGUAGUGAGUUUGAACAUGGACACACUGGAGCUGGUGCACAACAUUUUUUUCCUCUUGCUCACUGUCUCCACCAUAUCCCAGAUCCCCCUCAAUGGCUACUAUAUCUUUUUUGGUGUUACAUGCUCCCUUUUCACUGCCAUCUCCCUCUAUGGGACAUUUGCCCGGCUCAUCAACACCAUAGCAGAAAAGUCACUUAUUCCAGUAGGACCACAACCUAUUUCCACUGAAAAUGUCCAGAUGGCUUUGACCAUCCUCAAGAAAGGCAAAGACUCAGACCAGCUCCAAAGUAUUCCACAUGACCUGUCUGCCCAUCUACCUGAUGCCCUAUUCUACAUUGUGAAUGGGUUGGCUGCCCUGUCUGCCAUCCACAGCAACCAAGAGGAUCUAUCCUUCCUACACCUAACAAUACCCUGGGUGCUCAUCUCAGGUGCCAUAAUCCAGGUCUACGUCAGUCGGCUUCAGGUUCAAGGCGGCAAACGUUUUGGCUCAGUCAUUCCUUCCUUCUAUGCUGCCAUCUGGGCCACAUGGACUUGGUAUCGGUUUGCAGGUCAUCUUCUGGGAAUCUCCAGCACUUCUGCUUCUGGCUUUACAGCAGGAGCAGUUGCCUUCCUUGUGGCAAAUGCAUUCUUAGUCCUAAUUGCUGCCUAUGGAAACCUAGUUUUGCUAUCUAUGACUACCGUGAUGGAAGUCCUCCUGGUGUGUUUCCUCCUUUCCACGCUUGGCAGACUUCCCUACCAAUUAGAAAUUGCCAUGUUGGCAAUAUUCUCCAUUAUUUGCCUGUAUGGAGCUCUCACUUCGAUGGUAAACUGCAUCUUCUCCAAACGUCUGAUGCCACUUGGGCCUCCAGUGCUCAGGAAUAAGAAGAAGAAGGAGAUGGCCGCUCCUCUCCCAUGCCUGGUGGCUGACUCCCGCCUCACCAAUGGGCUGAUCACAAUUUCCAAGCUGCUGGACCAGGGUGGAGUAUGUGGCAUUCCAACCGACACUGUAUAUGCUUUGGCAGCCUCCUGUAAAAACCCUAAGGCUAUAGAAAAAAUCUACAAUAUCAAGGACCGGCCGGCAGAGAAGCCCAUCUGUAUUUGCAUUUCCAACGUGGAGCAGCUCGUAGCAGCCAAGCCACCAUUCAGCCCUCUCCUAUGGGAGUUCAUGAGGAAUGUCUACCCUGGAGGAAUCAGCUGCAUUGUCCCAAAAGGAGAUUGGCUCUUGAAACUGGGUAUUGGGCCAGCCUACGACCGAAUCGGCACCAAGGACAGCAUCAUGAUCCGUGUUCCUGACCACACUGUAACCGGGCACCUCUGUGACAUCACUGGGCCCCUGGCCAUCACGUCCGCCAACCCAAGUGGUGAACCUGACAGCACCCACCAUGACAUGGUGAUCAGCCGUCUAGGACACAAGAUUCAAGGGGUUCUUUGUGAUGGAGUGUCCAAUGAAGUAGUAGCAUCCACUGUGGUAAACUGCAUGAAGAUUGAUGAAGAUAAUAUCACCAUUGUGAGAGAAGGCUGCGUUCCUGCCCUCAAAGUGAGGCAGAUCUUUGAGAAGGUGAAAGCCAGCAUGCUGUGAAGAGUCUCCACUUCUCAUUUAAUGAACCAACUCAGGAUUUUCAGCAUGAUUUUAUCCCUGCUGUUCUCAUCCAAAGUCUUAGCACAUGUCAUGUUUUACAGUGAAGUGACAUGUGUAUCCAUUGUAAAUUAUUUUAACUUUUACAUUUUAACUUUACAAUUUAUUUUAUC